AUGUCCUUCAACAAUGUUAUGAAGCUUCUGUCCGCUUUAGAUUCGCUCAAACACCUCAAGCGCACAGGAUGGGUGAAGAUGGGGGUUCCUGAACCUGAAACGGUCGCAUGUCAUAUGUAUCGCAUGGCCGUACUGGCAAUGUCUCUGGAAGGACAAAUUGAAGGUCUGGAUGUUGUCCGCACUGUUAUGAUGAGUUUGGUGCAUGACCUGGCUGAAGCUAUUGUUGGUGACAUCACUCCACAUUGUGGCGUUAGUGACGAAGAAAAGUAUGACAAGGAAAAUAAAGCUAUCCAGCAAAUUGCAUCAUUCUUGCCAGUGAGCUCUGUUGGUGACGAGUGGGUGGAGCUUUGGAGAGAGUAUGAAGGUCAGCAAACUUUGGUAGCGAAGGUUGUGAAGCACUUGGAUAAAUUCGACAUGGUGGUUCAAGCAUUCGAUUACGAACGGAAGUACGGUGAGCGGCUUUUUAGUUUUUCUACCUUCACUAUGGCACCUUUCAUCGAAUGGGAUCGCGAGCUCCGUAAUCGACGUCACCAGUUUUUGAAAGAAAUUUCAGUGAAAUAA